AUGCCAUCGCUCGCGGCGACCGAUCAUCAGAUUUAUACUCGUGAGCCAGAGCUCACCCCCGAAGCGCGAUAUGGCAUCAUGAUAGCACUCGCCAUUUCCAGCGGCGCAUUCUUCGUGGCAUGUAUAGGCCUCACUAUUUCAAUGUGCGACUGGCGAAUGAGAUACCUGCAUUUACGAAAGGAGCUCGACGAGCGUGGAUAUGGCAUGGCAACAAGACCCUCAGCACAACUAGACAACCAGGCGGGAGAGACGCAGGGCGGAGAGGUUCAGGCCCAGGCAACAGAGGAAGCAGCCCCCAGAGCAUCUGGAGCUUUGUAG